AUGGGUGGUGGUGACUUCAAGAAUAUUGAUAUCAGACUUCCUGCACUAAGCCACUAUACCCUACUCCAUAAAUACCUGUCCUUAGAACUACUAAAAGUGCCCCCUUGGGAACAUGCCAGACGAUUCAGAGAUCAUUCAACACCUAGAGUGCACACUCUGGCAGUACCUGGCACUGUGCUUGGGCCACGGUGUAAAGAUGAGCCUUCCAGCUACAUUUGCACAACCUGCAAGCAGCCCUUCAACAGCGCGUGGUUCCUGCUGCAGCACGCGCAGAACACGCACGGCUUCCGCAUCUACCUGGAGCCGGGGCCAGCCAGCAGCUCGCUCACGCCACGACUCACCAUCCCGCCGCCCCUGGGGCCCGAGGCCGUGGCCCAGUCCCCGCUCAUGAAUUUCCUGGGCGACAGCAACCCCUUCAACCUGCUGCGCAUGACGGGCCCCAUCCUGCGGGAGCACCCGGGCUUCGGGGAGGGCCGCCUGCCCGGCACGCCGCCCCUCUUCAGCCCGCCGCCGCGCCACCACCUGGACCCGCACCGCCUGAGCGCCGAGGAGAUGGGGCUCGUCGCCCAGCACCCCAGUGCCUUCGACCGAGUCAUGCGCCUCAACCCCAUGGCCAUGGACUCGCCGGCCAUGGACUUCUCCAGGCGGCUCCGCGAGCUGGCCGGCAACAGCUCCACGCCGCCGCCCGUGUCGCCGGGCCGCGGCAACCCUAUGCACCGGCUCCUGAACCCCUUCCAGCCCAGCCCCAAGUCCCCGUUCCUGAGCACGCCGCCGCUGCCCGCCAUGCCCCCGGGCGCCGGCACGCCGCCGCCGCAGCCGCCCGCCAAGAGCAAGUCGUGCGAGUUCUGCGGCAAGACGUUCAAGUUCCAGAGCAACCUCAUCGUGCACCGGCGCAGCCACACGGGCGAGAAGCCCUACAAGUGCCAGCUGUGCGACCACGCGUGCUCGCAGGCCAGCAAGCUCAAGCGCCACAUGAAGACGCACAUGCACAAGGCCGGCUCGCUGGCCGGCCGCUCGGACGACGGGCUGUCGGCCGCCAGCUCCCCGGAGCCGGGCACCAGCGAGCUGGCGGCCGAGGGCCUCAAGGCGGCCGACGGCGACUUCCGCCACCACCACCACCACCCGCACGAGAGCGACCCGUCGCUGGGCGCCGAGCCCGAGGAGGAGGACGAGGAGGAGGACGAGGAGGAGGAGGAGCUGCUGCUGGAGAACGAGAGCCGCCCCGAGUCCAGCUUCAGCAUGGACUCGGAGCUGAGCCGCAACCGGGAGAACGGCGGCGGCGGCGGCGUGGUCGCCAGCGCCACCUGCAGGGCGGCGGGGCAAGGACAGGCGCGGACCUUAGCGUACACGCAUGCGUAG